CUGAGGGCCACAAAUCAAAAUUCUGUAGAAAAAGCAUACAACACUGAAAAGAUGGCGAGGAAGAUAAUGCCGAAUUGACACUAAGUAGAAGUGACGAAUCUUUCCACUUACAAAUGCUAUUUAACAUAAACACUGAAGAAAAUACUACGAAUGAUAUCCUUAGUGAAAAUUGUUUUGUUUUUGAAAGCAACAAAGGUUUGAGUGUAAUGGGUCUCAAUAUUGUUACACUUACAGGUAAAUUUGACAAUUUCAAACAUUUAAUUGAGAAUAAUUCGAUUGAUGUAAUUGUAUUGAAUGAAACAAGGCUUGAUAAUACCAUAAGUGAUCGUGAUGUCAACAUUAAUGAAUAUGAUAUAUAUAGAAAAGAUCGAAACAGGGAAGGAGGAGGAGUAGCUAUGUAUAUAAAUUGUAAUGGUGGAUUCACACAUAAUUUAAGGAAUGACCUCAUGGAUUCAGAAUUAAAGAUGAUUGUGGAAAUUAGACGGCCAAAUACUAAACCAAUCCUCGUACUUGCAUGGUAUCGUCCCCCAAACUCAGAGAUGAGUGUUUUUGAUAAGGUCAGUAAUGUUCUUGAAAAAAUUGAGAGUAUCAAUUAUGAAAUUAUUAUGAUUGGUGACCUAAAUUGGGACCCCAUGUCACCAAACAAGACAUGCUACACUACAAGAAUGAUUGAUUUAGCUAAUAGUUUCCAUCUCCAUCAAUUAUUUUCUGAACCGACAAGAGUGACACAAAACAGUAGGACCCUUAUAGAUCAUAUUUACACGUCAACUCCUAACAAAAUUAAUAAUUCAGGUGUUCUUCAUACUGGUAUCAGUGAUCACUCCGCAGUUUUCGUAAUUCUUGGUAGGGAGAAGAAAGUAAAUCGUAAACACAAAUUCAAAACAUGUAGAAAUUACAAACAUUUUGAUGUACAUAAGUUUAAACAGGAUAUGCAAAAUCUAAACUGGCAAGAACUUAAAGCUUGUAGUAAUGUUGAUGAUGCGGUAGACUACUUUGAAAUCCAGUUUUUAAAAGUAGCAAAUAGACAUGCCCCCCCCUUAAGAAGAAGAGAGUUCGUCAUCAAAGCAGCCCAUGGCUAACAGAUAAGUUAAUCAAUUUGAUGCGUGAGCGUGACAUGCAAAAGAAAAAAGCACAUAAACAUAAUCUUCCUGAAAACUGGUCGAAAUAUCGCUCACUAAAAAACAAAGUCAAUGCUAAAAUAAAAAAGUGCAAAAUGGAUUACUUUUCUGAGAACUUAAAUACUAAUGACACUAAAAAAAUCUGGAAAACCAUUAAACACAUUGUACCUUCCAAAAGUAAAAAUACUGAAAUUCAAACUUUGCACAUUAAUGAAAAUGAGCAAACAUCUGAUCAUACCAAAAUUGCUAAUACCUGUACUCUGAAUGAAUUUUUUUCCAAAGUAGGUCCUAAUCUUGCUAAACACUUUCCUGAAUGUGAGCCAUUAGAUGAAACUAAUGACAACAUACAUGUAGAUUACAAAGACAAAUUCUUUUUUAAUUAUGUUGAUGAAGAAUAUAUUUUAAAACAACUCAGUUUACUCUCUCCAAAUAAAGCAACAGGGAGCGAUAAACUGCCCACCAAAUUAGCCAAGGCUGCUGUAAAUUCAAUUGUAGGUCCACUUACAUACAUUGUAAACCUAUCUCUAUCUAGAGGCCAAUUCCCACUUAAAUGGAAAAAGAAUUUGCCCUGUAUUUAAAGGUGGCGAUAGGUCUAAGGCAAAUAACUACAGACCAAUAUCAAUUUUGCCUGUUUUGUCGAAGGUACUUGAAAGGGCAGUGUUUGAUCAAGUGUACCAAGUUAUUAAUCAAAAUGACAUGAUCUAUGUUUCCCAGUCAGGUUUCCGACCAAAUCAUUCAACUAUGACCUCAUUAAUUAAUGUCACAGAAGACUGGAUAAAUGCUAUUGACCGUGGGCAAUAUACAGGUCUAGUAAUGCUAGACCUUAAAAAAGCAUUUGACAAACUCAAAACAUUUAAGCUUGAUCAAGGUGUUAUCAAAUGGUUUGAAAAUUAUUUAAGUGACCGUUCACAUUCAACUCAUGUAAAUGGGGUACAAUCGAAUGAUUGUAAAAGUGUUCACGGAAUACCCCAAGGUUCUAUCUUGAGGCCGCUAUUAUUUAUGUUACAUGUGAAUGAUUUGCCCAAAAGUGUUCUUAAUGUCAAAAUAAGUAUGUAUGCCGAUGACACAAUAGUUUAUUAUUCAUCUGCAGAUAUUCAGUCUCAUUGAGACCCUCAAUACAGACCUUGAACGUAUCAGAAAAUGGCUAAUUAACAAUAAGCUUACAUUGAAUGUAAACAAAACUGAGUGUAUGUUUAUUGGUACACAACAAAAACUUUCAAAGCUUUCAAAGGUUGAUCUCAAUUUACAUAUUGAGAAUACUUGUUUGAAGAGAGUUGAAAACUGUAAACACCUUGGUGUAUAUAUUGAUGAGAACUUGUCAUGGAACAAGCAGAUUGAAAAUGUAAAAAGUAAAGUUCUACCGGGUCUGUACUACCUAAAGAAGACUUCUGGAUUUCUAUCACAAGACCAGCAAUCUCUCAUGUAUAAAGCAAUCAUUGCCCCACACUUUGACUACUGUAAUGUGGUGUGGGGUAGAUCCUAUCAAAACCUAAAAUAUAAAUUACAAGUUCUACAAAACAGAGCUGCAAAAAUAAUUUUAAAAAAGAAGAGAGAUGAGUCAAGUACACAAGCCCUGCAGAACUUAAAAUGGGAAAAUCUUGAAACUAAAUUGUAUCAUUGUGAAGCUGUCACUAUGUACAAGAUUUUCCAUAAUCUAGCACCAUCUUAUCUGACUAAGCACUUUGCACUCAAAAGAAAAAAUGUACAAUACACGAUCCAGUGAUGUACUUGAGGUAAAAAAAAACCCAACACUACCUCUAAGGAGAAAAGUUUCAGUCACCAUGGUGCUAAGUUAUGGAACAAUCUUACAGAUGAUGUAAGAACUGCACCAAAUGUCAGAACCUUCAAAAAGCUUUUGUAAACUAAAAUUAACAAGUGUUACUAGUGCUUGUUCUUUGUAAAUUGUGUGUUUUACAGUACCUGUAUUCUUUUCCCUAAUAUCAUUUUUUAUAUUGUUAUAAUGGCAUCACGGCCUUGUUGAAAAACACCGGUUGGGUGAUACAAGCUUCCGUGUGUAAAUAAAGAUUUUAUUAUUAUUAUUAUUAAAA